AUGGUCAAGCUCACCGAGGUCGAGGACGAGCACUUCGCCCAGGAGAAGCCUCAGUCCAGCAAGCACAACGUCCUUCUCACCUCCGACGACGAGGAGGAAGACGACUACACUGACACCGAGUCCGAGAUCUCCGUCGAGUCCGACAUCGAGGUCGACACCGAGUCCCUGUACGAACGUCUGUACGCCCUGAAGGACAUCGUCCCUCCCUCCGCCCGCCGCCAAGUCACCAGCUCCGUCAACGCCGUUACCUCCUUCACAAAGUCCAGCAUCUCCUUCAGCGGCAAGGCGCUGUGGAUCAUCAGCACCAGCGCCUUCCUCCUCGGUGUCCCGUGGGCUCUGGCCUACGCCGAAGAGGAGCAGUACAUCCAGAUGGAGCGCGAACAGGGCAUGAUCAAGGGUGCCAACGAGAUGCUCACGCCCGGCGCUCCCGCGGAGGAGAACCAGGCUCAACCCACCCUGUAA